AUGAUCAAAAAAUCUUUUUCCGAUUACUGCAAACUCGAAAAAAAUCCGCAAGCCUGCAAUGGCAAACGUCACAUCGCUUGUUCCGGUCCUCCUGAUAGUUGGCCCAAGGAAGAGUGCGAAAAUAAGCAACACAUCAAAAUUUCUCCAUCAAUGCGGGACUUGUUGAUUACUGAACACAACAAAUGGCGAGAAAUGUUAGCAUCGGGAAAUGUUCCAAACUAUCCAGCUGCAACAAAAAUGAUGAAAAUGCAUUGGGACGACGAAUUAGCUCACGUAGCAGAAAUAUUCUCAGAUUUUUGCGUUUUUGAGCACGACGAGUGUCGAUCAACAGACAAAUUCAAAAAAUCAGGACAAAAUUUGGCGUUGAAAAUGUAUUCGAAACCUUACACCGGCAGCAUUGAGAAGAUGAUGAGUGAAAUGUGUGCAGAAUGGUUCACGGAAUACAAAUUAGUUCCUGAUGAUAAAAUACCUGGAAUUAUUGACAAAUAUGAACAUAAAGCUGAAUGGGGUCAUUUUGCAGUUAUGGCGCGUGAAAACAACAGAGCUCUUGGUUGUGCAUUAAUUUCACGUAAAAGUUCGACUUAUUCCAAGGACCAUCCGUACAAUUUUAUGCUGACAUGUCAUUAUGCAGACGUUAUUUUCCAAAAUAAACCCUUGUAUGAAUACGGAGAAGCAUGUUCCGCUUGCAAAUCUUACGGGCCUGAGUUCAAAUGUGAUGAAAACGAGCGUCAUUUGUGCGUUAAUGUCACGGAAGAAGCUGAAAUUCGUGAAAAUGAAGGUGCUCCUCAUCACGUUCGCGUCGUGCAGAGCAAAAAGACGCCCAAUAAAGCUUGUUUUUAA